UACUUCUAUUUCUGAUUGAGGGCAAACGUUGACAAACUCAAUUCAUGUAUUUUUCUAUUUGUUUUUUUAUUUUAACUAAAGACGAUAAAUGAGACAGAACGUCUGAACUUAUUAUUUCGCAAUGAAUGUUGUUAACGCGUUAUAUCAACGAGAGCUAGGGGAAAGAUCAUGGUGGGACUACAGCAUUGCUCUACGACGUUUGAAGUGCCAUGACUAUGACGAGUUCCGAGGGAUUUCUCCAAGCACAGAAGGCCCUGAUUUUAAUCCAGAACCACCAGUGUUUGCUUGUACCUUUUGCACCACUCCUCAGAAUGAGCAUCUACUUGCUUUGGCUAAUGAAGAUGGAAAAAUAACAAUUCAGGACACCAAUAAGCGGAGUGAUCAUAAUCCAUUAGAAGGGCAUCAGGCUCAUCACAAUGCUAUAUUUGACAUAGCUUGGGCACCUCAAGAAAUGCGUCUUGUCAGUGCAUCAGGUGAUCACACUGCUAUAUUGUGGGAUAUGCAAGAAUCUGGUCAACUACAAGAAGUUGCUCGCUUUCAUGCUCACACUCGGAGUGUCAAAACAGUCACCUUUCCUCGUGAUGACAAGAUGAUAUUUGCUACUGGUGCUAGAGAUGGUGUCAUCAUGUUGUGGGAUACUCGAAUUCAGAAAAACCAGUUAUCCAUCCGCCCUGAUAAUUUCAUUUUCAACUCUCACAGUGCUCCAGGAACUCCAGGAAGCUCAUCAGCGAACCGAAACCGGCGUGUAAAAUCUGCUCCCUCCAGAGCCAGCAGCAUAACAGGACUCCUUUUCCAGGAUUCAAAUUCUUUGAUAUCUUGUGGCGCUGGGGAUGGGAAAGUUAAAGUGUGGGAUGUAAGAAAGAGUUACUCAACAUAUAGGCGUGAACCACAGCCAAAAUAUUCCAUGUCAACACCUAAUGGCUCUGGAAGAAGUGGUUUUACUUGUUUAGCUAUGGACCCUAGUGGGCUUAAAUUAUAUGCCUCAUGCAUGGACAAUACUAUUUAUUCUUACAAUAUCUCUACAUAUGAAGAACAACCAGUGGCCCUAUUUAAAGGUCAUAAGAAUGGCACCUUCUAUGUAAAAGCUUGUCUCAGUCCAGAUGGCAGAUACUUGCUGAGUGGUUCUAGUGAUGAAUUAGCCUACAUAUGGGAUACAUACUCUGUCAGAGGAGAAGUAACUACACCUAUUGUUAAGCUUGUAGGACAUGGUGCUGAAGUAACAAGUGUUGCCUGGUGUCCUGUUGGAGAAGUUAAGUUGGUUACCUGUUCUGAUGAUGCAAGACAUUGCCUGUGGCGUGUCGGUCGCGAAUUCCGCGGAGACAAUUACCAAAUUGAGCUGCAUGGCUGGGCAGAAGAAUUAUCUGACAAGCCUGACAAAGCUCUCUCUAGUCCUGCUACUCCUGCAACGCCCAGCUUCACUGCCUGGAAGCGUUGGACUCCAUGUAUUCAAAGGACCCCGGACAAUGAGGGGCAGCCCAGCACUGCUUGUGAUAUCUGCCAUCGUUUAUCGACACCAUGUAUGCGAUGCAUUGCUAUGAGAGCUCCGUUACCACUCUCUGUCCCAAACGGUUCUAAAAAACGUUUAGAAGUCUUAUGGGAAGAAGAUUUCAACUGCCCUGAAUGUGAAAAAGAAGGUAGACCCAUACUUAGUCAAGUUACCAACAACAUAGACGCUCCUGCUCGGCGUCUGUUCAGUCCUUCGAAAAAGAGAGCUGUAGAGGAGCAACAAAACGUCAGUGGCUUAGACAAGAAUUCGGCUAGUAAAUGUAAUUUAGAUGAGAGCAACCGUGUCAAAAGGCUGGCUACAAAUGGGAUGUCUCCUGCGAUGCCAAGUCCUAAAAAGCCAUGCACUGCACCAGACUUUGCUGUUACUAGGAGAACUAGUCCAAGAAAAAGGUGUCUUGAUUCUCAAAUUGGUACACCAGAAAAGAGAUUCAAAGUGAAUGAAAAUGCCAGCUGCUCAAGCAAACAAGAUGAGCUACCUCCUUUCAUGUUAUCUGAUAAUGGUGGUCUGGCUCAGUUAAAUGAGACUGGGGAAACCACAACAUACUGUAGUCCCAGGAAGAAGCUUAGACUUUCCCCAGAGGAUCAAUGUGCAGUUCCGACCACAAGUGUGUCUCCAAAGAAGGGUCUUGGAACACCAAUCAAGAGGAGAAUUAGUGAAAGGCGGACAGAUAGCCCUCACAAACGACCACCUCCAACUGAUGAUCUUUUGGGUAUCAGUAAAAUUGAAGAUAAUCCUCCAUCAGAUGGUCACAUUCGACACAGAAAGCUCUGUGUAAGACACAGCAGGAUGGGUUUCAGCUCACCUACUUUGAAUUUACCUAAUUAUGUGUUGGAUGGUACAUCACCCCAUCAUCGCUGUUCACCAGCACGUCACCAUAAAGAAAAUGUUGAUUGGCUCACUCGACUCCGUAGAGAACGUAACUCCACAGACAAGAGACCUGAGCCUGACACCUUAUCAGAUCAGGAUGCCGCAUCUUCACUACCAACUAAUUCAAGACGGGUAAUAAGCCAAAAAGCUGAUGGAAAACCAAGCUCAAGUAAAAUAACCCCUGCUAAAAAUUCCACAAGUCGUGUAACCCCGGCCAAGACCUCCUCAAAGCGGACAACUCCUGCGAAAGGGACAAGUAGAACAACUCCAGCCAAAUCUGUUUCAAGUACUCCAACCCAAGUGGGCAAAAAGACUCCAUCAAGACGACCAUCAAACACUGAGACCUCAUGUAACCCUAGUACAAGUGGAGCAUCAACUAGUUUACUUAGAUUUUUCCGUGUUGAGAAACCUGUAGAACAACAAUGUUCUGCCGGAAGCAGUGCCACUUCCAAAUCAGUGAGUUCUGUUGUUUCUCAAUAAUUUGAUACAUUUUGUGAUCUAAUUUUUUUUUAAAGUGCCUUUUUAGGUGUACUUGGAUUUUACUUUUAAAUCACAAGUAACUUUGCCAUUAUAAUCUUGAAUAUUUGUUUUGUUUAAGAAUUUCUGAUACUGUCUUAAGAACAUCAAUAUUUUUGUAUGGUUAAUUUUGAAUAUCUUACUGAAUUAUACUUGAUAGUUUUUCUUUUUUAAUGACAUCAUAAAUAUUUUUAUGAAGGGUUGUAGGUAGGGUGACAUUGAUUUAAGUUUUACCAGUGAGAGAGUAGUAGCAGGUUCUGAACUUGAAGUUAAAAGAAAAGAUUGAACCUUACAAAAGCUUACAAACUUGUGCAUUGUUUUAUAGACUUAUAAGUAUUGAUAAUCCAUUUGAAGUUGUACUUCAUCUCUGAUGCUGAUGAGAAUCUCAGUUAAUUAAAAAUAUUCUUUGACUGUUGACACACUUAAAAUGUGGUUUAGCAACUACUAACGCUUCAUUCACAUUCAUGUUUAAUUCCCUCAAGCAAGCACUACACAAUCAUCACAGUUCAUUGCGUAAUGUUUAUUGCUCAUAAUUUAAGUUGGUUAACAGUCAGAGAAUGUUAACAGAUAUGUUUUUUUUUAAAAUGAAUGUUUAAAUUAUUUUUAUAUAUUUCCUUGUGUUAGUGGCAACCAUGUUGGGUGUCCAUGAAAUCUUUGUUGUUGAAGUAAUUUGGUAUUGGUUUCAAUUUUCAUGUUAAUAGUAUGAAAAUUUAUCAAACCUCAAAUCAAUAAAAAUAAAAAAACGAACAAAAUAAAUUAAACCAAAACCAGAAA